CCGUGGCCUGCAUGUUUCAAUUUUGAAGGGAGUUGUUCAAUGAUUUGUCUCCAACAGUGACCUUCUCGUGUGUCAAUCAAUCUCAAGUGUUGGGUCUGAAUCUUUUGGGCCUUUGGUGCCAUUUGCCUCCUGCUUCUCUGUAAUCAUCAGUGAGCUGAGGCAAAUGGGUUGGUUUCCUUGCUCUGGACAAUCGAGCCAGGCGGCAAUGAAGAGGAGGAGGAGGAAGAAACAGACUCAAGACCCAAUUAAACCUACUUCAGAUAAAUUGAAGACAAAUCCCUCUUUGAAGCUAAAGGAGUCAUCAAAAGAUGAAGGGUCCAAUAUUGCAGCUCAGACUUUCACAUUCCGUGAACUAGCUAAUGCUGCCAGAAAUUUCAGAGGUGAUUGUCUUCUUGGAGAGGGAGGCUUUGGCAGAGUAUAUAAAGGGCGACUGGAAAGUUCUAAUCAGGUUGUGGCCAUCAAGCAACUUAAUCGUAAUGGAUUGCAAGGGAACAGGGAAUUCCUUGUUGAAGUGCUGAUGUUGAGUUUGCUUCACCAUUCUAACCUUGUUAAUCUGAUUGGUUAUUGUGCUGAUGGUGAUCAGAGGCUUUUGGUUUAUGAAUAUAUGCCACUCGGAUCUUUAGAGGACCAUCUUCAUGGCCUUCCUGUGGGCAAGAAACAACUUGAUUGGAAUACAAGAAUGAAAAUAGCUGCUGGGGCAGCAAAAGGAUUGGAGUAUUUGCAUGACAAAGCCAGCCCCCCUGUAAUAUACCGUGAUUUAAAAUCCUCCAAUAUUUUGCUGGAUGAGGAUUAUAAUCCCAAGCUUUCUGAUUUUGGGUUGGCCAAAGUUGGGCCUGUAGGUGAUAAAUCACAUGUAUCAACAAGGGUUAUGGGUACUUAUGGCUACUGUGCCCCUGAGUAUGCAAUGACUGGUCAGCUGACUCUGAAAUCAGAUGUUUAUAGCUUUGGGGUUGUUCUUUUGGAGAUCAUCACAGGCAGGAAAGCAGUUGAGAAUUCAAAAACAGCAGGAGAGCAAAAUUUGGUAGCAUGGGCAAGACCCUUAUUCAAUGAUCGAAGAAAGUACUCACAGUUGGCUGAUCCAAAUCUCCAGGGUCAGUACCCUGAAAGGGGCUUGUAUCAAGCUCUUGCAGUUGCAGCGAUGUGUGUUCAAGAGCAACCUACAAUGCGUCCUGUCAUUGCUGACGUAGUAACAGCUUUAAGUUUCCUCGCUUCAAAGAAGUAUGACCACGAAAAUCAGCCAAGUCAAAGCUCCCAUUGGACUCCUUGUACUCCUCCUAGGUCGAGGAGAAAUAUUGGUAUAAGACUUGACAGUGACAAUGGAUCCGAGAGAGACUCAUCCAGAAGAUCAAAUUAGUUGCUUCCUUGGUGUCAAAUUGUAGAGAUUACUUCUGAAUCUGAGGAAACUGUUUUGGAAUGUAUCAGUUUUGGUUUUAUUACUUAUCACAUCCUCAGAGAGCACUAUAAACUUUGGUAAGAGAGAAUCAGUGGGCAAGUUCAGUUUGGCUGAAUUUAUUUGCUGUCAGCUGAUCUUUAUAUUAGAUUGAAGCACCUUCAUGUUUGUUAAUGGAGAAAAAGUCCAUCUUCCCAGGUUGGCAUAAUAUCUCUAAUCUUCAAACUUGAAGUUUUCUCUCAUCUGUAAUAAUUCCAUUUUCAUGUCGAGGUUACCUUCCCUUGUGCUGCGUUAUCUGUAUAGUUAUGGUACAUAUUCCAUUAUGUGAGUUCUGUAACAGUCGAUGUCUCAAACAAUGAUGGUAUUGCACCACAUCUUCGAAAUACAUAUAGAGAUUAUAUCGACAGCUUCUUUUGGGGCAAUGCCAUGGGCUUAUUGUCUUCAA